AUGUCCGGCCAGCUGGAGCGUUGCGAGCGCGAGUGGCAUGAGCUGGAGGGAGAAUUUCAGGAACUGCAGGAAACCCACAGGAUCUACAGGCAGAAGCUGGAGGAGCUGACUUCACUCCAGACUUUAUGUAGUGGCUCUAUCAACAAGCAGAAGACGCGACUAAAGGACUUGAAGCACACACUCCAGAGGUACAAGCACCAUGCGAGUCAGGAGGAGGCAGAGCUCAUCCAGCAGAUGAGUGCCAACAUCAAGGAGCGGCAGAAUGUCUUCUUCGACAUGGAGGCCUACCUGCCCAAGAAGAAUGGGCUCUACUUAAACCUGGUCCUUGGCAAUGUGAAUGUGACCCUUCUCAGCAACCAGGCCAAAUUUGCUUACAAGGAUGAGUACGAGAAGUUCAAGCUCUACCUGACCAUCAUCCUGCUCCUAGGUGCUGUGGCGUGUCGAUUUGUCCUUCACUACAGGGUGACUGACGAAGUUUUUAACUUCCUGCUGGUGUGGUAUUACUGCACCCUGACAAUCCGGGAGAGCAUUCUCAUCAGCAAUGGCUCAAGAAUUAAAGGCUGGUGGGUGUCUCACCACUACGUGUCCACGUUCCUCUCUGGAGUGAUGCUGACCUGGCCUAACGGAUUAAUUUAUCAGAAGUUUCGUAAUCAGUUUUUAGCGUUUUCCAUUUUUCAGAGCUGUGUCCAGUUCCUGCAAUAUUAUUACCAGAGGGGCUGCCUCUACAGGCUGCGGGCUCUGGGAGAGAGGAAUCAUCUGGACCUCACGGUGGAAGGGUUCCAGUCCUGGAUGUGGCGGGGCCUCACCUUCCUCCUGCCUUUCCUGUUCUGUGGCCAUUUCUGGCAGCUCUACAAUGCCGUCACGUUGUUUGAGCUCUCCAGCCACGAGGAAUGCAGAGAAUGGCAGGUGUUCGUGUUGGCGCUCACUUUCCUCGUCCUCUUCCUUGGCAAUUUCCUGACCACACUCAAAGUCGUGCACGCGAAACUUCAGAAGAACAGAAACAAAGGGAAGAAGCUGUGA